CCUUGUAAGCUAUGUGUAGAAAUGAUGUAUCAGUGAAUGUUUAAAACGCGUCGGCGGUGUUUCGUAGUCGUGAAGCAGUCGUCGCGCGAACUGUGUCCACGCAGGUUUCCCGUUACGUCCGUCGGUAUCUAAGAGAAUUUCAAUCAGUUCGAGUGGAUAAAAUCAAACCUGAAGAACGUACCUUUUCAUGCAUCGAAUGAAAAGUGAAAAUAUGUCAUACUGUCGCAUUAAUCGGUUGUUUUGUUCGACUAAAACUUUGUAAUUAACGCCGAAUAAUGUAGCGGAUAAUGGAGUUGACCGGAUGACAAAUAGAUAACUAGCAACACUUACUGUUGAUAAGAAACGCCAUCAAAUUGAGCGGGAAGUUGAGAGUAAAUUGCUUUGGGCUCGUGAUCACUGAAUUCUCAUUUUUAUAAGACAUGUGCAACAACAAUAAAGAAAAUAAAAAAACACUUUCCCGACAUAGACCAAUUAAAGUCACUACAAUUGGUGAUGGUACAGUAGGAAAAACAUGUAUGCUUAUUACAUACACAACAAAUGAAUUUCCUUCCGAGUAUGUACCUACUGUUUUUGAUAACUAUGCAGGGACAAUAUAUAUAGAUGGACAAGAAUUUGAUAUGACUUUAUGGGACACUGCAGGUCAAGAAGAUUAUGAGAGAAUUAGGCCUUUAUCUUACCCAAAUACAGAUUGCUUCUUGAUCUGCUUUUCAGUGAAUUCUCGUACUUCUUAUGAAAAUGUUGCAAACAAAUGGCAUCCAGAAAUCAAACAUCACUGUCCAAACACACCUAUAGUUCUUGUUGGUACUAAAGGAGACCUCAGAAAUGUAGAAAAUGUGGAUACAAUUACCCUUAAAGAAUGCAAAAAAAUGAAAAAGAAAAUAAAGGCUUACAAAUAUGUUGAGUGUUCAGCUUUGAAACGUGAAAAUUUGGAAGAAGUGUUCGUGGAAGCCAUUAGGGCAGUACUGAAAAAACCAUCGAAUAAACUAUGUUGCACGUUUUGAAUAAUAAAUUAUGAAACAAUA